CCCAACAGGCCAAAACUGCCGUUGUCAAAAUUCGGCACCUUGCACAGCUACUGCAUGAGCUCGACAAUUGGCACAAAAAAGAAGUACCACGAAACAACAGGCCAGAAACCCCGCAACCCUGAACUUCAACGGUUAUCACAGCAGCAAAGACAAAACAAAACAACGGGCACGCCACAUUGCGACCCAUAAGCAACCUCAGAUAAUGCGCCCCGACAACGUCUUUUUCCGGACGUAGACUCCAGCAGAUGAGCUACGACUUGUGAUGAACCCAAAACCAUCUUCUUCGAACUCUUCGGGGCAGUGGCCACCGCCCAUACGACCGUCCAGGCGUAGCAAACUUCGCAAUGGAACCUUUGUAAUCCCAACCACCGGCGAGCGAUCCCGAAGACAAUUCACCCUUCGACAUGCCCCAACUGGUCUCGACAACGCAAACCCAAACAGCAAUUUGUCCCGACACGACGAUGACGACGAGUCUUCUCCGGGCAUGUUUUCUCGCACGAUACUAGCCAAGCCAUUCCGACAGGCGACUCAGGGACUUUUGCAGGCAUGCCUUGACUUCUACAAGUUCCUGGGUACCCCCAAGGGCCGUGGAGUGCUGAAAUGCACUCUUGCAUAUGUACUGGCCAGCUUGAUGACCUUCAUCGAACCCGCCUCUGAUUUUUUGGGCAAGCGGGAUGGGAAACAUGUGGUGGCCACCAUCACUGUCUACUUCCACCCCGCCAGGUCGGCGGGUUCCAUGAUAGAGGCGACGCUGAUAGCGAUCGUAGCAGUUGCCUAUGCAGCCGUAGUCUCGCUCUCGUCCAUGGCCACUUCGGUCUUUGUCGGUUCGGUCCUCGACAAGCCCACGUUGGCUCAUAUCCUCGUUCUGGUGUUUUUUGUCGCGGGCGGUUUCGGCUUCAUCGGCUGGGUGAAGCAGAGGAUGAACAGCCCACUGGUCAAUGUGGGCGGUACGCUUGCCUCGCUGGCCAUCAUCAGCGUUGUCACCAGGGAAAACGCAACAUUCGCCAGCGUAUGGGAUAACACAAAGAUGAUUCAGGUCUUCAAGAUGUUGGUUAUUGGCAUCACCAUCACAGCUUCGGUCAACUUGCUAUUGUGGAGGACCUUUGCUCGCGAUACGCUGAGGAAAGCCAUGGGAACAUCGUCCACCUCGCUCGGUGAGAUGCUUUCGUAUGUCACUCAUAGCUUUCUAAGUGGGAAAGAAGAAGAACUUUUGUCGGAGCAGUUUUCCAGCUCCGUUUCCGUAUAUCAUACGAGCUACACUACCAUGACCAAUGUUUUGCGCGAGGCGAAAUACGAGCAUUACUUUCUGGGCCACGAACGAAUCUAUUCACUAGACAAGGCAGUAUACAAGUCAAUCGAGACCCUCGCGCAGUCUAUUGGUGGAUUAAAGAGUGCGGCAAACACCCAAUUUGCACUGCUUCGAGAGUCGGCCGUCACCUCACUCGACACUGAUGAUCAAAGGGCUGGUGACGUAUCACCAACGUCCAUUGGACCUCCAACUGUAUUUUCACACCCGUUUUUGUCCCGAUCAUUGUCAAGCUCCUUGAAGAGCGGACUUGGAAGACAUCCCGCUCUUUCUGCUAUUGACGAGGCUACCGACGAGGGAAGCAGUCAGGAGGGUAGUCCUCGCCCCUUUGUCAGGCGUUCAAAUAGCGAUUCCAAGGCUACUCAAAUGACUCAGUCAGCAAUCUUUCGCACUUCAUCCGACAUUUUCUCACUGUUUAUCGACCUUCUUGGGCCGUCUAUGAAGUCACUGGCCUUCACAUUGUCAGAAAUUCUCCGCGAGCCGGCUUUCGGGGCAGCACCUCACUAUGUUGUGAACCUCAACGAGAACUUCAGGCCGAGUCUCAUGGACGCGCUUGGCUUAUACAAUGAGGCACGCGGAAAGGCUCUCAACGAGUUAUACAAAAACAUCGAGCUGGGCCGUCCCAACUAUUCCGACGACCUCAAAGCGGACUUUGAGGAGGUUGCGGCAGCUUGCGGGCACUUCAGCUUCAGUCUGCAAACUUUUGGCGAGGAGAUGUCCAAGUAUCUAGAUGUGCUAGACGACCUCAAGCAUGCUGCAGAGGACGGGAAGACGGGAAGAAGCUGGGAGUGGCUUCGUUUUUGGCGAAAGAACCGAGCGCAUUCAUUGUUCAACACGGGCACUACCUUGCCCUACGAGCACCGGGAGGACCAAGAAAGCCUUGUCAAGCCGAUCAGGCGAUCUCAGCUACCCAAAGGCAUUCCAUCAACCAUGACUUCUCAUCGGGACACAUACAGCUGGCAGCUUGCUGGCGACCAAGCAAACAAGCAUGUGAGCAGAUUUGCGCAAGUGUUGUUGCGGUGGGCGAGACGAUGGUCGAGAGACGAUUUUCGCUUUGGCCUCAAGGUUGGCAUCGGUGCCAUGCUUUGGGCCAUGCUCGCCUUCAUCCCAUCCACGCGCCCGACUUACUCACACUGGCGUGGUGAAUGGGGCUUGCUGUCGUUCAUGGUGGUUUGCUCGAUGACGGUGGGCGCCUCAAACACUACCGGAAUAUCAAGAUUCAUAGGUACGGUCUUUGGUACCGCUCUUUUCCUAGUCAACUGGACAGUCUCAGACGGGAACCCGGUCGCACUGGCUAUGCUUGGCGGCUUUGUUGCAUUCUACAACUUUGUCGUGAUCGUGGCCAGAGGCAAUGCUCCACUGGGCCGUACUGCUUUACUCGCAUACAACGUCACUGCACUUUACGCAUACAGUCUUUCACAAAGGGUUGAUGAUGACGAUGAGGACGAGGGCGGUAUGAACCCGUACAUUGGAGAGAUUGCUCUACACAGAUCCCUCGCUGUCACGGCUGGUAUCGUGUAUGGCCUGUUCGUUUGCCGAGUGGUGUGGCCCAUAUCUGCGCGCGAGAAGUUCAAGGAGGGUCUGUCGGUCCUCUAUCUUCAAAUGGGGCUUAUUUGGAAGCGGGGUCCGCUGGCAAUCUUGCUGCGCAGCGACUGUACAAGGUCAUAUCUCAAGUCGGGAGAGCAGGCUGCAUUACAGAGAUAUGCCUCUCGACUCGAAACUUUGCGCCACGCAGCAGCGUCCGAGUUCGAGCUCCGCGGGCCUUUCCCAUUCGACACGGUAGGGCGCAUUCUGGCGGCCACCAACCGCAUCCUAGACGCCUUUUACGCCAUGAGUCUCGUGACGCAGCGUCGCGGUCACCUUAGCGACGGUGAGCGCGAGCUGCUCCUCUUCACGGCCAAGGAGCGGGCGGUCCUUUGCGACCGCAUCUGCCACGUGUUCCAGGUGCUAGCAAGCUCGCUCAUGCUCGAGUACCCGCUGACCGAGUCGAUCCCGAGUGUGACGCACACGCGAGACCGCCUUCUCGGAAAGAUCUUUCGGUUCCGCAAGGAACAUGCGGCGGCGGGUGCCGCGCUCGCGGCUGUCGAGGGCUCCAUGGUAGCGGACGAGGUUGCCAACGGGACGGGAAGCUCACACCCGCCGUUGCCGCCCGGAAGACGGUCGUCUGAGGCGUCGGCGGUGGAUAAGCUGGGGGAUUGGGCGAGGAUCGGCGCCGUCACGGUCGAAGAGCGCGACUAUGCGCUCUUGUACGCCUACGCGCUGGUCACUGGGCAGGUUGCAGAGGAGCUCAAGAUUGUGGAGAAGGAGAUUGAAAAUCUGUACGGGGUGUUUCCGGAUGAUGUGAAUCUUUUAGAGUGAACCGGAAUUACGUUGGCACAGUAUAACUUGUCUAGGCUAG